AUGGCCGACCGAAGACGAAUAAACGGACCAAUUGGGACCACCACACCUCCUGUGUACGACAGAGAACCAUUAGCUCGGAAUAUGUCAAGGGAUGAGAAUGCAAUCCGCAAGAUAUUUCUGAAGACUGGUGUAACACCCUCCGCCUCGGGCUCUGCCUACCUGGAGCUCGAGGACCUAAAUUCGAAGGGUCCCAACAGUACCAGUUUGAAGCUUACCUGCACUGUCCACGGUCCACGAGCUCUUCCUCGAUCCGCGCCCUUCUCCCCCCAUAUCAUCCUAACGACCCAUGUCAAAUAUGCACCCUUCGCAACAAGAGAGCGACGAGGCUAUCUUCGCGACUCGAGCGAGCGCGAUCUUGGCGUACAUCUUGAGACGGCCUUGCGAGGCGCAAUCAUUGCCGACCGGUGGCCCAAGAGCGGUGUAGACAUUAUUGUCACCAUCAUCGAGGGAGAUCAAGACCGCGACAGCACAGACAGCCAGAACAACGAGGGAUGGGACAUGAUGAACGUGCUGAGCGGUUGUAUCACCAUUGCUUCAGCUGCGAUUGCUGACGCAGGCAUUGACUGCGUUGACACUGUCGCCGGCGGUGUCGCAGCUUUGGCGAUGAAGAGUGAUAACACCCCAGCCGAAAUCGUCCUCGACCCAUCCAUUGCAAACUACCAGAAGAUUAUUGCAGCAUGCUGUGUUGCCUACCUGCCAGUCAGAGACGAGAUCACGAAUGUGUGGUUCAAGGGUCAACUUCCUGGGGCAGAUACGAUGAUUUACAACAAGAUGAUGGAGAGGAGUCUAGUGGCUUGCCGGAGCGCGAAUCAAGUGGUCAUUCAGGCAUUA